UUUCUUUUCCUUUUCCUUUUCUCUCUUUUUUUUUUUCCUUCUUUUUCUUUUACAUAAAAUUUAUAGUUCUAAUAUAAUGACAAGUCGCGAAAAUUCCCCUGAUAUAACUACAUCUAAAGAAGCAGAGAAGGAAUUAAAGGUUUCUAUAUUUAUGAAAUGUUGUAUGUAUUAUAGGUACUGACAAAAGUAUUAAAAGUCUGCUAGUAAUAUAUCAUCAUCAACAACAACAACUACGACUACCACUACUACUACUACAGCAUCAUCAUCAUCACCUGAUUUGACACAUACAGACUUGGGAAAUAUAGAGGAUAAUGAUAAAGUUGUAAAUCCUGAUGAUCUUAUUGAUAUGAAUACAUUUGAACAAUUAUUGGAUAUGGACGAUGAAGAUGACCAUGAAUUUUCAUAUAGUAUUGUGAAUAAUUAUUUUGAACAAGCAGAGGGAACAUUUAAAGAUAUGGAUGAAGCAUUAGAAAAGAAGAAUUUGAAAGAAUUGUCUAGAUUGGGUCAUUUUUUAAAAGGUAGUUCAGCUGCUAUAGGCUUAAAAAAAGUAAAGGCAACAUGCGAAAAGAUUCAAAAUAUUGGUAACUGUCAAGAUGAAGAAGGUGCAGGUGCGAUUGAUGAAGAAGAAGCUUUAAAACGCAUUACUCCUUUAUUACCACAAGUUAAAAUUGAAUAUUCAGAAGCUGAAGAAUAUUUAAAGAACUUUUAUGAAGAUCAAGAUUCACGAUAAAUAACAC